UCAUCCAUGCGCAAAAGGUUGUACAGUUUGCCCCAGCACUUCCUCAGGAGCGCUUCCAGCAUGUGCGAUGGGGAAGACGGCGACCGGGACGCCCGCAGGAAGAGCAUCCGUAUGAAGCCGCUUCCAUCCCCAGGAAGCACCGACACCAGAAACGCGGAAGACUCGGCGGCUGGGGUGGACCUUGACCCGGCCCCAGGUGCAAAAAGCAACUCAAAUGGAGACUGCAGAAAGUUUCGAGGCAGCUUAUCCUCACUCGCUACUCGCCACAGCCGUGAGUCAGAUUCAGCCGAGGAGAAGCGCCUGAUCGCCGAACCAGAACCGAGUCCAAGCGAGGAGAGUCCACCUGGUGCGCGAGGAGGAGGAGCAGGAUUGGCGGCUGGAGAAAGCAUAGCUGGAAGCAACCGUGGCAGCACCGUUAACGCAGAUACUGGCACUCCAGAACGCAACCCGGGAUUUGCCAAGCUGGAGGGGGGAAUUGAGCAUGUUCUGCCUGACGAUGACAGAUACUAUCAGGCGGGUUUUAUGCAUCGGCAGUUUGGUGCCAUGCUCCAACCCGGAGUCAACAAGUUCUCCCUGAGGAUGUUCGGCAGCGAAAAGGCGGUGGAGCGCGAACAGGAGCGCGUCAAGUCCGCCGGGUUUUGGAUUAUUCACCCCUACAGUGAUUUCAGGUUCUACUGGGAUCUCACCAUGUUGUUACUGAUGGUGGGGAACUUGAUCAUCAUCCCUGUGGGCAUUACCUUCUUCAAGGAUGAGCACACUCCUCCCUGGAUCGUUUUCAACGUUGUCUCGGACACGUUUUUCCUCAUGGACCUGGUGCUCAACUUCCGCACGGGUAUCGUCAAGGAGGACAACACGGAGAUAAUACUGGAUCCACAGCAGAUAAAAAUCAAGUAUCUUCGCUCGUGGUUCGUCGUGGACUUCAUCUCUUCUAUUCCGGUGGACUAUAUCUUCUUGAUUGUGGAGACACGCAUCGAUUCAGAUUUCUACAAGACAGCACGUGCUCUCAGGAUUGUUCGCUUCACAAAGAUUCUCAGUUUGUUACGAUUGCUCAGGCUCUCCAGACUCAUACGCUACAUUCAUCAGUGGGAAGAGAUUUUCCACAUGACCUAUGACCUGGCCAGCGCGAUGGUACGAAUUGUAAAUCUGAUCGGCAUGAUGCUCCUGUUGUGCCACUGGGACGGCUGCCUACAGUUCCUGGUGCCCAUGCUGCAGGACUUUCCGCCCGACUGCUGGGUUGCCAAGAACAAAAUGGUGAAUGAUACGUGGGGCCAGCAAUACUCCUAUGCCCUAUUCAAGGCCAUGAGCCACAUGCUGUGCAUCGGUUAUGGAAUGUACCCACCAGUGGGGAUGACGGAUGUGUGGCUUACCAUCCUCAGCAUGAUCGUUGGAGCGACUUGCUAUGCCAUGUUUGUGGGCCAUGCCACAGCACUCAUCCAGUCGCUGGACUCCUCACGUAGGCAAUACCAGGAAAAGUAUAAGCAGGUGGAGCAGUACAUGUCUUUCCAUAAGCUGCCAGCAGACAUGCGUCAGAGGAUCCACGAUUACUACGAGCAUCGCUAUCAAGGCAAGAUGUUCGAUGAGGAGAGCAUCCUGGGGGAGCUGAAUGAGCCUCUCAGGGAGGAAAUAAUCAACUUUAACUGUCGAAAGCUGGUGGCUUCGAUGCCUCUGUUUGCUAACGCAGAUCCAAAUUUUGUGACAUCGAUGCUGACGAAGCUGCGUUUUGAGGUUUUUCAGCCAGGAGAUUACAUCAUCCGAGAAGGAACCAUCGGGAAAAAAAUGUAUUUUAUUCAGCAUGGAGUGGUCAGUGUGCUUACCAAAGGAAACAAGGAGACCAAGCUGUCAGAUGGCUCUUACUUUGGAGAGAUCUGUUUGCUGACCAGAGGAAGGCGUACAGCCAGUGUCCGAGCGGAUACCUACUGUCGUCUCUACUCUCUUUCUGUGGAUAACUUUAAUGAGGUGCUGGAGGAAUAUCCCAUGAUGAGGAGAGCCUUUGAGACAGUUGCUCUGGAUAGGCUUGAUCGAAUAGGAAAGAAGAAUUCCAUCCUACAGCACAAGGUUCAGCAGGACUCUGGUGUCCUCAACUGCCAGGAGAACGAAAUUAUUCAGCAGAUUGUCCAACAUGAUAGAGAUAUGGCACACUGUGCCCACAUGAUGCAAAACCAAAGUCAAUCUGCUCCCCCAUCACCAACUCCUGUCAUUUGGGCCCCACUAAUCCAGGCCCCCCUACAAGCAGCCGCAGCUACAACAUCAGUUGCUAUUGCCUUGACCCACCAUCCUCAUCUGCCUCCCUCAAUCUUCCGCCCACCUGUCUCUGCACUGGGUUCAACAAAAGAAGCCACAAGAAAGAGGUUUCAUGUUGUACCAGCGUCAACGACUCCAGGUUCAGCUGCAGACUCGCCUUCAAGCACGCCUUCAAAGCCUCAUACUGGAGUGGAUACUCCUCUACUGACAUCAUUUAGGGUCCUUCACUCAACAGGGCCACCUGGGUCUGGCAGUGCCAAUCAUCAAUCCUCUGGCAGCAUCUGCACUAAAAGUUCACACCCAGGGACUGGUGGAGUGUCUCCCUUCCCCACAGGCAAUUUUUCCAGAUCUGCAUCACUAACGUCUAGCACUGCACAACUUCAUCCUCCACCCAAACACAAGCAACCAUUUCCACCAAGUACCCCUCCACUGUCUAGCCACCUCUUGCAAGACAGCUUAAGUUUUGCAGGUUUGUCUGGGGUAAUAGCUGGGGAAGUAGGUGGUGCAGUGGGUGGAGCAAUAGGUGAAGCGGUUGGGGGCAGAGGUGAUUCUGUAUCAGGUGGAGUAAUAGGGGCCCCAGUUAGGUGUUCAUCAAGUGGAUUGUCCUCUUGUGGGUCCCCUGGAGGUGCAUCAUUUGGUGGCACCAGUGGAAUCAUAACCACAACAUCUUCAAACAGUAGCCGUCUUUCCACUGGUUCACUCAGCCACGUCCCAAGCCAGCUUCUUCAUGCUCAGCAAUCACAAAAUGUCACACAGACAAGUGAGACGCAUCACUUUUCGGGUGGGGGUGGCAGAACUUCUAGCACACUAAACCUUUUCCAUACACCCACAACGGGAUCACCAUCCUCCACCCAUUCACACAUUACCCCAACCUUUGAAGGCUCUCCUUCGUUAAACCCACAGUCCACUUCAUCCAACCCAUGGUCCAGCAUUUCCUCCCAGCUGCCUUCAGAAAGAUCAGCAUUAGCCUCACUUGCUCAAUAUGGUUCUGCUAACGCUUCACCCUGCUACACACCUCUAGCCCCUAGCCCAACUGUCCAAAGCCCUUUAUUGGGGAGAACUUUUCACUACCCCUCUAGUACUGCAGGCUCCCAUAGCUCUUUGCUGAUGCCCCAGUCCUCCUGCCCUGUUCAGCUGCCUAGUUGCCACUCUUCGGGUACUGAAUCUCCUCUAGGUCGCUUUUCUGAGGAUUUGAAACUGCUAUCCAGUUCUCACCCCAUGUUAGGUGGGGAAGUCGCCCAGGCUCUGGCUCAGUCCUCUCCUCGAUCCUCCAUAGAUCCUGGCUGCCACCUCUCCCCUUACUCAUCCCCGACACUGAUGCCCAAGCCGUGUAGCUCCAUAUUGGGGCAUAUUGCUCCUCUUGCACAGACUUCUCCCAGCUCACGGCAUCAUACUUCUAUUUUAGGGACGUCACCCUCCGUUCCAUUCCGUAGGUCCUCUGAGGCCUGCCCUUCUGAACUGGAACCAUUUUGCCAUAAGCUUCCCUCUAAUUUGUGA